AAAAAAAACAUUCUGCUGGCCCAUGUUAAAAGGCAUUUAGAAUAUUAAAGGCACUUACAUGCUGCUGUAGGAUAAUUCAGAUCAAGUUUGCUACAAGUUCAUCAUUAAAGCAACCCUUACAAUAAAAUUCAAGCAGUUCCUUAACCUAUUCUUUGGGACAUCUGCAAUUAAUGGUAUGCAAAGAGCUUCAGCUGGGUUUUUAUUUAUAAUGCAGUUCUCAAUGACUCAUGUUUAGGUGUUGCUGUGAAUGCAACAUAUUAAGAUAACAUAACAUAAAAUAACAUUCUUAGACAGGCAGACAGUGUUCAAGUCUGUUAUUUGCUGUUUUGAUGCUGUCUGUAAUCAAUAGCUAAAAAAGAAUCAAGUCAUAUUUGCAUGUGUCACAUUUACAUUACCUUCUCUUUCCUUUUAUGGACAUUUAGUCCAAGUUCAGCCAAAGAAGAAAGAAAGAAAGAAAGAAAGAAAGAAAGAAAGAAAGAAAGAAAGAAAGAAAAAGAAAGCAAACAUGCUCACCUGCAGAACACUUAGUAGACAGAAAACAAGCAUUACCAUCAAAUGACCAGCAGGUGGCUCCCUGCACUACCAGGUAUGAAAGAACUGGCUGUGCAGGAGAACAGGCGCACAGGAGAGCUCUGUCCGCUAUAUAAAAAAAAAGGUAAUUAAAAUAAUAAUAAUAAUAAUGUCUGUCUAGUAUAAAAUUUAAUGUACAUUUCACUGUGGUAAAUAUCAGGGUAUUGUUAUUAUUACUUUUUAUCCCGGACAUUUGACUGGGGCUCUCCCGUGCGCCCGUUCUGCUGCACAGCCAGUCCUCUGACACCUGGUGAUGCAAGGCGACACCUGCCGGUAAUUUAGUGGCAAUUUGUGUUUUCCGUCUAUAAAAUAUUUUGCAUGCGGUCUUUCCUGCUUUUACUUUAACUUCCUCUUUUUGUCUCUAUUAUGGGCCGUAAUCGUACACAGUGACUAAAAAGCGAAAGCAAAGGUCAAGAAACUAGUUAAUGCAUACAAAUAUGAAGUGAGUCACCUCUGUUCUCUUGCAGAGGUCUGGGUGUAUAAGUAAAUUACUCAAAAUAUUUGUUACAAUUACUGAGGACCAGUACCGUUAACACAACUCUAUUUUCCUCCAUUUAUUGAAAUCCCAAUGUGUUGCAAUAAUGUGUCCUCUUUUUUAAAGUAACUUCUCCAUCAUGUGACACAGUGGCUCACAGCCAUUCUAAAACGUGUGGCUACAUGUCCAAAAAAGGACACAGUCCUUUGUUCUCUGCUGUUGUUCAAGAGGGUGUAAGUCCUUAUCCAACCGUCACCCUUCUGCAAACAUAAGAUUAAGUUCGUCACAUAUUUAAGGGGUUUUCUCGGUUAUACAUUUCAAACAAGGACGUUUGUCUGCUUUCCACUCGAUUUAAUAUUGUUUAUGGGCCCCGAUUACAUCACACUGACCAUCUGUCUCUGCAUCUAUAUGCUUCGCCAUUAUUCGCUCAUUUUGCAUUGGUAAAUGGUAGAUCACACACACCGAGCCAAUAACAUUUUCUGCAGUUAAAUGUAUACUUUCAUUUUUGCCUCAACGAAUGACGUGAAUACAAAUGGAUACAGUACGUGGAAACAUAAGAACCUUUAUGCAUUGGGUAAACAUUUGACGAUACUCUGUUACAGCAAACAGGAAUGUGAAUGUCCAGUUAGAUCUGUGUGUGGUAGGCUGGGUUUGUCCACAGGACAGUCAUGCAGCAACUACAACCGCUCGUCAAAACCAGAACCCAUCAUAUCAUCAGAGAGCAUCAGCAUGCGAUUUACCACAGCAGGGUGGAGUGUGGAGCAUAAAUAGCUUCGGGCUUCUGUCGAAUCGACCGUUUCAUUUGCGCAGCUGCAUAUCCUACUUAUGUGAAAACUGGCCGAGCCGCAGCAUAAACACGAGAGUACCAGCGUCUUUACCGCAUCCUGACCCAGCGCUGGCACUGUCCUCGGGCUGCUGCUGCUGCGGGUCGGGGUCCCCCCACCAGAGGAAAUCGAAAGCGGAUGAGACGUGACUGAGAGGUGCUUCUAGUCGUGGAGACAUACGGAAGGAAGAGACAAUACAAGGGGAGCCGGGGGUGUUGCAACAGCCAUAGCGGUGUGUCAGAGCUGCGCAACGGUAGUGGAGGUUGGUCAUGGUCGGACGCGGACUAUGGGUAUGUAAGCCCCGGUUCGGGAAGCGAGGGAGCAGGCUCGGGGUUUUGCCUUUUCUGUGCGCGGCGGCAGCCAGCGCAGCCCUGCUCGCUCUGCUCUUUGUGGACUUCAUCGAGUCAUGGGUCACCUCCAUGAGCAUGAACACGGUGGUGGAGCCGCACGCCGGUAUCAUCCCCCCGCAGAGCGUCCCCCCCACCAGACCCGAGGAGUUCCUGCUCAUGCCCAGCCCGCUCGUGUGCCAACGCGCCAAACCUUACCUCAUCACCAUGGUUACGACGGCCCCUGCCAAUCAGAGGGCCCGCCAAGCCAUCAGAGACACCUGGGGAGGGGAGGUGGAGGUGAGGGGCCUGCGGGUCAUGACCCUCUUCAUGGUGGGCGUGGCGUCUGACCCGGGACUGGCCAAGCUGCUGAUAGAGGAGGCCCGGGAGAGAGGAGAUCUGAUUCAAGGGCGUUUUUUGGACUCCUACUCCAACCUCACCCUGAAGACCCUGUCCAUGCUGGGCUGGGCCCGCCGCUUCUGCCCUCAGGCUCACUUUAUGGCCAAAGUGGAUGAUGAUGUUCUGUUCAAUCCCAGCGCCCUCCUGCACUUCCUGAACAAGAGCCGUAACCCCUAUGAACAAGGAGACUUGUACCUUGGCAGAGUGCAUCUCCAUGUGGCUCCGGACCGUGACCCGGAUAGCAAGCACUACCUCCCUGCAGGGGCCUACCCUCCCUCUGUCUUUCCAGACUAUUGCAGUGGUACAGCCUACGUCCUGUCCCGUUCUGCAUUGCUCAAAAUCUCCCUGGCAGCCUCUGCCUCACCCUUAUCCACACCUCUACCCCCCGAGGAUGUCUUUGUCGGCCUGUGUGCUCGGGCAGCUGGGGUGCUGCCCUCACACUGCCCCCUCUUCUCUGGUGGUCCGGCUGUUCCCUACGGGCGCUGCUGCUAUCAGGCCAUGGUAUCCAUCCACCACAUCCCGCCCAGAGAGAUGCUGCACUUCUGGGCUGACAUUCACUCAUCUCCCCCCUGCUCUUGGCUGAGUCUACGUGCGUCCCUGGGGAUGUGCAAAGUCAGGGCGAUGCUUGGGGAAGCCUUCGGGCUGGAGCAGGGAUUGUGAGGGUUGCUAAGAAGGAAGACUGGGUCAGUGGUGAUGUGCCUCGCUUCAAUACUGUGAACAGCACAAGUGCUCUUCAGGUUGUGAAGCCACUCUGUAUGCACUGAGAAAAUGCCAGUUUAUUUUUAUAGCUUUAUUUUUUUAAACACUAAUGUAUUUAACUAGCUUUUUUUUAAUUUCAUUUUACUUUGCAGAAAAGGGUAUGUGAAAGGGUAGUGUGAAGAACAACACAGUAAUCCUUAACCUGUCUUAGACUGUUAUGGCACCCUGCAUUAUUACACUGACACAUACUGUAGAUGUAGAGCAAACAACACUGGCAUGCUGAUAGUAAAUGGCAAGGAAACACAAUUGCUUAUGCGAUGAAUGCACAUCAGGACAAAUACUUCUAUUAACACAUUACGUCUGAAAUCUAUAAGCUGCUACUGUCAUAUGCAUAGUAGAUCACCAGGUACUUCAAUUGUAGAUGUUAGUAAAAUAAGAUGCUUAAAUGCAUGUCUCCAAAAAACAGUACAAUAGAUAUCAAAUCACAAGCUUCAUAUACCCAGUAGGAAGGAAGUAAUAAUUAAUUAAAACCUGUUGUGUUAAAAAAAAAAUCACCUCAGUACAUGAAAUGAAUUCCUGUCGUUAUGCAGUUGUAAGGACAUUAUAUGUAUAAUUGCAGGGCAUUAAUUGGUGGUCAGUUGGAGACAGUGAGCUGUAAUGUAUUUGGCAGUUGUGGAGCAGACAGCACACAUAGUUGCUCUUCUCUCUUUGCUCAGUAAUUCACCAUACACUGAAAAUAUAACAACAAAGCUGAUGUAACACACAGCUGCAAUGCCUCUGAAAGAGAAGUAUUUAUGAUUUUUGUCUGUUAUGGUGAUGUGUCUGGACUGGGUUUAGUCUUCACUAGGCCAGUCUGGGAUGAGUACAUUUUAAAAGAUAGUUUACCACUUGUCAAAGAUAAAGCCUCAGGCUGUCUUGCUCCUCCCAGCAUGUAAACAUAGAGAAAGUUGGUGUGUUUACACUCAGGAAAUACUGUAAGAAAUAUGGUAUGAAAUAAACCACUCUGUAUCUGAA